AUGACCGCCGCUCUGUCUCUCAUCCUUUCCGGCCUUCUGUUGGCUCCGGCCGUCAAUGGCCAGGCCUACGACGCCGGCGAACGCGGCGAAGACGCCUUCGAAUACGUUCAGCCUCUUAACACCACCAUUCUCGGUCCCUAUGGCCACUCUCCGGCCGUAUACCCCUCUCCCAACACCACCGGUAACGGUUGGGAGGAUGCUUUGGCCAAGGCCAAGGCUUUCGUCAACGAGUUGACCAUCGAGGAGAAGGCCGACAUGGUCACCGGUCAGCCUGGACCUUGCGUCGGUAACAUCGUCGCUGUCCCCCGCCUCGGCUUCAACGGUCUCUGCCUUCAGGAUGGACCCCUUUCCAUCCGUGUAGCCGACUACGCCAGUGUCUUCUCCGCAGGUGUCUCUGCCGCAGCCACCUGGGACAAGGACAUUCUCUACGAGAGAGGUUACGCCAUGGGCAAGGAGUUCAAGGCCAAGGGUGCUCACGUCGCCCUUUCCCCCGUCGCCGGACCUCUCGGCCGCUCCGCCUACUCUGGCAGAAACUGGGAGGGCUUCUCCCCCGACCCUUACCUCACCGGUAUCGCCAUGUACCAGACCAUCACUGGUCACCAGGACGCCGGAGUCCAGGCUACUGCUAAGCACUGGAUCGGAAACGAGCAGGAGACCAUGAGAAACCCCACCUUCGACCCCAACGGCACCGACACCGACAUCACCGUCCAGGCUCUGUCUUCCAACAUUGACGACCGCACCAUCCACGAGCUCUACAUGUGGCCCUUUGCUAACGCCGUCAAGGCCAAGGCUGCCUCCUUCAUGUGCUCUUACCAGCGCAUCAACGGCUCCUACGGCUGCCAGAACUCCAAGUCCCUGAACGGUCUCCUGAAGACCGAGCUCGGCUUCGAGGGAUACGUCAUGAGUGAUUGGGGUGCUACCCACACUGGUGUUGCUGCCAUUGAGGCCGGUUUGGACAUGGACAUGCCCGGUGGUCUCGGAUCUUACGGCCAGGCCUGGGCUUCCGGCUCUUUCUUCGGCGGAAAUGUUACCCUCGCUGUCAACAACGGCACCCUUGACGUUGCCCGCGUCGACGACAUGAUCCUUCGUAUCAUGACCCCCUACUUCUGGCUCGGCCAGGACAAGGACUUCCCCUCCAUCGACCCCUCCAGCGGUGACCUCAACACCUUCUCGCCCAAGUCCACCUGGGUCCGCGAGUUCAACCUGACCGGCGAGCGCAGCCGUGACGUCCGUGACAACCACGGCGAGAUCAUCCGCAAGCACGGUGCCGCCGCCUCCAUUCUUCUCAAGAACGAGAACAAGGCCCUCCCCCUCAAGGCUCCCAAGUCCAUUGCCGUCUUCGGAAACGACGCCGGUGAGGACACCCAGGGUUUCUACAACCAGAAGGACUUCGAGUACGGCACCCUCGUCGCCGGCGGUGGUUCCGGAACCGGUCGUCUUACCUACCUCGUCUCCCCUCUCGAGGCCAUUAAGGCUCGCGCGGCUCAGGAUGGUGCUCUCGUCCAGCAGUGGCUCAACAACACCCUCAUCAUCAACUCCAACAUGAGCGAUCUCUGGAUCCCCAAGACCCCCGAGGUCUGCCUUGUCUUCCUCAAGACCUGGGCUGAGGAGGCUGCCGACCGCCAGCACCUUGACGUUGACUGGAACGGUAACGACGUCGUUGAGGCUGUCGCUAAGGACUGCAACAACACCAUUGUCAUCACCCACUCUUCCGGUAUCAACACCCUUCCCUGGGCCGACCACCCCAACGUCACUGCUAUCCUCGCCAACCACUACCCCGGCCAGGAGAGCGGCAACUCUCUCAUCGAUGUUCUCUACGGCGACGUCAACCCCUCUGGUCGUCUUCCUUACACCAUCGCCCUGAAAGGCACCGACUACAACGCGCCCCCCACCACUGCCAUCAACACCACCGGCGAGUACGACUGGCAGAGCUGGUACGACGAGAAGCUCGAGAUCGACUACCGCUACUUCGACGCCAAGAACAUCACCGUCCGCUACGAGUUCGGCUUCGGUCUCAGCUACACCACCUUCGAGCUCGCCGACUUCGCCGCCGAGGCCGUCGCCGACAACAUCACCUCCGCCCCCGAGGAGCGUCCAGUCGAGCCCGGUGGCAACCCCGCCCUCUGGGACACCAUCUUCAACGCCACCGUCACUGUCUCCAACUCCGGCGACGUCGAGGGCGCCGCUGUGCCCCAGCUCUACGUCAGCUUCCCCGCCGAUACCACCCCCGCCGGCACUCCUCCCAAGCAGCUCCGCGGCUUCGAGAAGGUGCCCCUUGCCGUCGGCGCGAGCAAGACCAUCGGCUUCGAGCUGAUGCGCCGUGACCUCAGCUACUGGGACGUCGUCUCCCAGCAGUGGGUCAUCCCCGCUGGCGAGUUCACCCUCAGCGUUGGCUGGAGCAGCAGAAACCUGAAGGCUUCCACCACCAUCACUCCUGUGCAAGCGUAA